AUGUCUGGCACUUUGCUGUACACAAGAAGACCCCUGCUCUGCAGCAGAAGUGUUAAACCUGGUUCCUCUGAUGUAUCUAUCAUUUCUCUUCAUUUCAGGGGAGCCUUCUCAGAAGUUGUGUUGGCAGAAGAUAAAUUAGAAAAAGGCAAAUUCGUUGCUGUAAAGUGCAUAGACAGGCAUGGACUACGAGGAAAAGAAGAAUCUUUGGAAAAUGAAAUCCAAGUUCUACGGAGAUUAAAACAUCCGAAUAUAGUUCAACUUUUGGAUGUGUUUGAAGACAAACAGAGAGUCUUCCUAGUAAUGGAGCUAGUAACUGGAGGUGAACUAUUCGAUCGGAUUGUUGAAAAGGGCAGUUAUACUGAAAGAGAUGCCAGUGCAUUAAUCAAGCAGGUUCUAGAAGGGGUCGACUACAUGCAUGAGCGGGGUGUUGUACAUAGGGAUCUCAAGCCUGAAAAUCUGCUCUACUACAGUGCAGCUGAUGAUUCAAAAAUUAUGAUAAGUGAUUUUGGUCUUUCAAAAACUGAAGAAUCUGGCAUUAUGGCAACUGCUUGUGGUACUCCUGGUUAUGUAGCUCCUGAAGUUCUAGCCCAGCAGCCCUAUGGCAAAGAGGUCGAUUGUUGGUCUAUAGGUGUUAUAGCCUAUAUUUUGUUGUGUGGUUAUCCUCCUUUCUAUGAUGAACACGAUGCUGAAUUAUUCAGACAGAUUCUAAGGGCAGAAUACGAAUUUGAUUCCCCUUACUGGGACGAAAUUUCAAAAUCAGCAACAGAUUUUAUAAAAAACCUCAUGUGUAAAGAUGCCACAAUGCGGUAUACUUGCAAACAGGCUCUUGCUCAUCCAUGGAUUAGUGGAAAUACUGCAUUGGACAAGAAUAUUCAUGCAUCAGUCAGCGCCCAAAUGAAAAAGAAUUUUGCAAAAAUUAAAUGGAAGCAAGCCUACAAUGCGACAGCAGUUAUUCGUCAGAUGAAGAAGUUGGCGAUGAGUCGUGAAGAUAACAACAGUUGCGAUCACAAUGACUCUAAAGCUACAAAGACGUAGAGGAAACCGCCAGAGGGACCCACAGCUUGGAAGCCUGUGGAUACUUCCUUCAUUUUUUUCACUCCCAACCCAAGAGUUAUAAUAAAUCUCGACAACACCUGACCACCUUACCUUACCUUACCUUACCUUAAUUACCU